AAAUUGUCGAUACCGACGAUCUGCAGUUUUAUUUUUCAUCAUCUAUCGAUCAAUCAACGAUAUGCCAAUAUUUAUUUACUCAAUAUAUGCAGAUAGACACACACGUGUGUCGAAACUAAUAAUAUACCCGCGAUCGAUCGUAAUACGGGAAAUUCCAGGUGAGAAAAAUGCGGAUAGUUUGUAUCGCAAUCGCCGCAUACGUGCGGUAUGAAAUUGAUUCGAGGCGUUACACGGACAACGUUUGAUUCAAGCGUAUACCGUAAAGCCUCGACCAUCGUCAAUGUCAAGAAUACGUUAUAUUUGCAUUCCUUAUUACAGAACACCGCAGCCACUUAGCGCGGUUAAUGAAUAUUAUAUUUAAGCUCUCGCGGGGGACGUCGCGUCGCCUCCCAAGAUCUGAUUAAUAAGUUCUCCUCAACAACGAGGCUGAGCGUUAACUACUAUCAAAAUGAUUAUUAACCUUAUUUUCAUCGUAUUAUAUCAAAUUGCCAUGAGCGAAAUAAUUUUCCCCGGCGCAAUUUAACGCCCUCGAUAUUUUCGUUAGAUAUUAUACCCGCCACACCUGUUAUAUACACGGCAUAUUGACCCGCAUUAUUAUAUUAUUAUAUCACGUGUAUAUUAUUUAUAUUUAACAAGAAAUCAUCUGCGGAUCGCUAAUCGUAUCGUCCCACUAGCCCGAUCCGGUUGAAUAAAAAAAAAAGAAGAAGAAGAAAGAGCAGAGCCGGAGAUGAGAAAAGAAAAAGAUUCUAAAAUUCUGAAAAAAAUCUAGAAUUCUUGACGCGACGUAGAAAUUUUUCGUUUCAUUUCAUAUCGCUUGUUCUCGCGUCGUUCUCCGUAGUCGCUGAACGUGAAAAUUGUACAUCAUCCCCGGGAGGCUCGAGGCGAGUGGGUAAUCUGGUCGUUGCACCGAGUCGCGCAUCGUCUGCCGCUGCACCCCGAUGAAUAUGCGACCGCGUCCUCCCUCUCUCCUGAAAUAUAAGGUGGAUAGGUGGGUAGGUAGGUGUACAGCCGUGUUCGUAAUCACCUUGACAUCUACGCGUCAUCGGAUGUAACAUACCAGAUAUAAAAACCACGAGAGUCUACCGCCAGUCUAUUAGUCUCGACGGAUUAGAGAACCCGUUCGGUCACUUUUACGCCAAUUAUCAUAUUUCUUCAGUGUGCUUUUUUGUUCCCUUUUUUUUCCCCUCUAUUUGGUUCUUUCUGAUUUUUAUUUUUAUAAAUUUUCCCUCUUUUUUCUCACCGUGCAGAAAAAAAAAAUAAAUAAAUCGCGCGGAGUUUUGUGAGCUAUUAUUAUACAUAUUCCACCUGCGUUAUUGCACACCGAGUAUUCGAACGGUGCAGGUAUUACUCCGACGAGAAGAAGGGAAGGAGAAUCGAUAUCGUCCGGUUUCUGGAAACUCAUCUUUUCGCGAUCCCUGAAGAUCCAGAUUUAUAAGGAUGAACGGGAUCUCCGGAUGGAUCGUUUUUCUCGCGGUUGUUACCUCCCGGUUCGAUGGGACAUGGUGCUUGAACUGUAGCGGCUAUAAAAUGAUCCGAAAAGGAGGGAUCACGUGUCAAGACAGAGAUGUCAUACUGAAAAGACACAAUCAGUAUCGUCAACAAAUCGCUCUUGGCAAAAUUGCAAAGCAGCCCGCAGCAGCGAACAUGGUGGAAAUGAUAUGGGACGACGAACUCGCCCACACCGCCCAGACUUGGGCUAAUCUCUGCAGCGAGGAUCACGACCCUUCCAGACAAGUCAAGAGAUUCACCGUCGGACAAAAUCUGGCGAGAGAGUGGACGACGAGACCUCCGAGCAGUACGGCGGACGCCCUACCCGAUUUUAUUCAUUCGAUCGACGGAUGGUUCAACGAAGUUCAAAAAUAUUCACCCAACGGUGUGAACACCGGGACGGGUCAUUAUACUCAGGUCAUUUGGAGCGAUACUUACACCGUGGGAUGCGGAUAUUCCUACUAUUGGGACCCCGUGCGCGGUUACACGAAAAAUUACGUAUGCAAUUACGGCCCCGCUGGAAAUAUCCGUGGAUACCAACCGUACACUCGUGGACGACCGUCGUGCAGUCGUUACGGAAUGCCCAAUUCGCAAAUAUACUCCGGGCUUUGCUCUAAGGGAAAUUAUUACCCGCUCGGAGCCAGCUGCGCGCGUCAGGGCUACAUUUUUCAAACGGAGCGGUACAACGUCUCCUAUUUUACCUCUAUCGAUAAAUCGCGGUCAGAUAUUAUGCUGAUUGUCGAGGAGAGCGGUGGAUUGACCGCGGAUCGUCAUCACCGUUUUAACGAUUGUACUCGGAAGUUCCGGAAGUGGUCAUCGCGAAACGUUUCCGGUAUCGGGGGUCCCACCCUCCCGGCUGCACCGCUCCACAUAUUUAAAUUCCACGGUUUUUAUCCGUGCUUCAGUCGCAUGCGAUCGGUGUACAGAAUUUUGUACGCAAUUUUUGUCGUCAACUCGUCGAUGAUCGAUGGCGUAAAUGGGGACGGAACCUGCAGCCCCGAAGUGCGGGUCAAAGAACUAGGCGGAAUAACGUGCGAAAUACAAAACGGUAUUUUGGAGGCGCACAAUUACCUGAGACAAGCUGUUGCCGCUAAUCUCGUAGAAAAUCAACCACCCGCUUCGAACAUGCGAGAAUUGUAUUGGGACGAGGAACUGGCUAAAAGCGCACAGGACUGGGCUAGCCAUUGUUUGUUCGCUCAUAAUGAUCCAGCGCAAAGGAAAUCUGUAAGAUUUGAAGUCGGUCAGAACAUCGCGGUGACAAAAAAUAAGGGGAGAAUUCGCGACAGCAAGGAUUUUCAAAGGCAAAUACAAAACUGGUUCAACGAACACUUGGGCUACAAAUUUUCUGAAAUAACCGAGCCUAUGCUCGAAUUGACCGGACAUUACACACAGCUCGUCUGGGCAGACACCCACCUUGUUGGAUGUGGUUAUUCGCGAUAUGAAAAUCCAAUUACGAAUAUCAGCUACCGUCUAUACGUCUGCAACUACGGACCAUCAGGGAACGUAUACGAUGAAGAACCCUACAAAACGGGAGGCAGGGAAUGUCCCCGGGGUACAGUACCGUCCCGGAAAUACAGCGCCCUUUGCGCAAAUGAAUCACCGCCGCCAAAUAUUUGUGCAGAAUCAUCGGAUGCAGCCACACGUAGAAAGUUGCAAAUGGAUGAAUUGCAUAAAAAUUAUUUGCAGCAUUAUCAGCACCGGCAACGGUUGCAUAAAUUACAACCGGCAAUUGCGGGAGGUAAUCCCAAUCAUUACAAAAGCAGCAGGCGUAUAUCAGAUAAUAAAUUCAGCGAGGAUAUCAAAUCCCCGCUGGAUGUUACAGGAUACAUGGUUCUGAGGAUUACCAUUGUAUGGACAAGAUAAUUUUUCGGGAGUUUGGAUGAGUAAUGGAAAAAUAAAAAUCUCAUGUUCAAAUUGAAAAGUCUCUACAGCUAGCGCCAUCCCUUGGAAUGAAAAAUAACAUUCUUAUUGUUAAUUAACAGGGUUUACACUGCUAGCGCCACCUAUUAGAAUUACAAAAUAAAAAUCUCAUUUUCAAUCCAUGGGGUGGAAGAUGCUCGCGCCACCCUCCGGAUUUCAGUGAACUGAAGUUUGAAUUAAUUAUAAUUAAAUACCUGUAAGGGAGGGAGAUGAAUUGAUUAAUAAAAAAUCCAAAGAACA